UAAUCUAGCAACCAUUUACAAAUAUUUCUUAUCCAGACUUUUAUAAAGUUUCAGUGUAAGGAGUAGAACUAAAAACUAGCAAAAUUCUCGUUACUCACUCACUUUUUUUAUUGGUUUAAAAUUAGCAAAAUAUGUAUUUAACGAUGCCGAAUUACACGACUCCAUAUAGAAAUCGCUGCAUUGGCUGUGGCGCCGAAGAACCAGUACGUUCCAUUCAGGGCUGCCAAUUCAAAGUUCCCCAAAUCAAGGACCUGAACAAGCCGCACUCCUGUGGCUUGGAGGAUUUCCCUUCUGAAAAAUUGAGCUCCAAAAAAGCAAUGGGAUGCCAUAGUCACCGUCAAUCAAAAAAGCACAGGAAUAGUUAUCGAAGAAAGCUAAACAAUGGCUUGAAAUGGUCACCAAUAUGUACAAAAAAACGAGCCAAUCCAGAUGUAGUGCAUUUGCGUCAACCGAAACAAAAAUCGGUGAUGUCUUCAGAGCCCUUCUAUAAGGCGGUCAUUUUAAGAGAGAUGAUUAGGUUGGGAAGACAACCGAAUCGAAAGUUCGAAAAGGCUGCAAGAAAUGCGCAGCCUAUUAAUGAGAUGAAUUAUGACAGUGAUACUCUGCAGGAGCAAGUGCCGUAUGAUAUUGAAACUGCAGAAGCAUGCAAGCCUUGCAUAGUAGAGAUGAAAGAAGUCUCAGCGUCGCCUUCUUUUGAGAACAACGUUCAAAUGCGUAGAGACAACAAUUCCAAAGAAUUUAAAAUCUUAAAUUCGACAAAUUGCUCCACACCAUUUGAAUCGUUUGCAAUGGAUGCAGGUGAAAGAGGAACACCUGGCCAUAACUUUUUAGAAAAGCCAAUGGAAAUUUAAGUGCAGUGCGAUGGCUUGAGGACUCGUAUAAAUAAAAUAAGCAACACAUAUAUGCAAAAUAUUUAUUCAGCUAUGGUAUUUAUGUUUUGUACAAGAGAUUUAGUAGGUUUCCAUUGAAUAUGUACAGUAUAAUAAAGACCUGAUUGAGGUAUAUUUAUGUUUAAUUUACAUUCUAAA